UUACCUGCUUUUGGUUUCUGUAUCACCGGAGUUCGGAAAGCAACCUCGGAGCUGCCACGGGCUACCGAUGGGUUCUUUGCCGUGUUUAUACGUGUAUCCUGUUUUUAUUUUAGCGCUUGCUUUUAAAAAAUUAUCUUUAGCUAAUAUCAUUAUUAUCACAUUUUGAUCUCGACAAGUAAUACUCCCCGAAAAAAAAAUGUAUACUGCGUUAAUUUGAUAGAAAAAUAUAAUAGACAUUUAACAACGCUACACCGUCAAGACGUUUGACUCCGCUGAAGGAAGGGCAAAGAAGAAAAGUGUCCCAAGUAUGAAUAUUCUUUAUGAAGUUUUUUUCAACGUCUUUCGACUCAGGUAGUUAAGCUGACUUGGGAAAAAAAAUAUAAAAAGGACGGGGUGUGGCUGGUUGGCCCACGUUUAUGAUGUUCUAGGCUAGGUUUCAAAUGAUAGGCCACGAUAGAAAAGUUAAUCAAGGUUGUUAAAAGAAAGAAAAUACAGUAAUGUCUGUUCCUUCCACAUCAUCAAAAAAGCUUAGUGAAGGAAAACCAGGAGGUACAAGUCCAAGUCCUAUUGAAAGUAUCGAAGUUGUUCCUGGACCUAGUUCUUUAGAUCCUAUGCAUUGCACCUUUCCACAAGAUGGUGAAUCUGAAGAAUAUGGUGAUGAAGAAGAUGAAGAUGAUGAUGAAAGUAGUGAAGAAGAGAGUGAAAUUAGUGAUUCUGGCUUAUUUCGUGAUGCUGAGUGCGAAGAAGAAAUUGAAGGUAGCAGUUGUUCAUCGCCCGUAUUACAAGCUCAGGCAUGUUUACCACAGAGAGUUCAUAGUCCUAUAUUACACACAUGUGUUCCAUUGGAUAUUGUACAACCUCAUAGAAAACGAAAAAGUGAAACAGAGUCUAGUUUACCAUGCAAAAAACUUAAUCCAGAAGAUAAAUCUUAUAUAAUGAAUGCAAAAAAAUUGGAUGAUAAGGCUAAACAUAUUAGAUGUGUCAUUCCAACAAAAGAUAAUCCACCACCUGAAAUGAAUAACUGGCUUUUGCAAUUUCAAAGGUGGUCAAAUGCAGAAAGGAUGUUAGCUAUAGACGAAUUAAUAGAAAGAUGUGAACCAACGCAAGUACGUCAUAUGAUGCAGGUUAUAGAACCACAAUUUCAAAGGGAUUUUAUAUCCUUACUGCCAAAAGAAUUAGCCUUAUCGGUAUUGGCUUUCUUAGAACCCAGGGAUUUAUUACGUGCAGCACAAACUUGUAGAAAUUGGAGAUUUUUAGCAGAUGAUAAUUUACUUUGGAAAGAGAAAUGUAUAGCUGCUGGUAUAGAUGAUUUAAAAGAUUUGCCUCCUUCAAAACGUAAAAAUUGUAGAAAUCCUGGCAACUCUUCAUCACCAUGGAAACAAGCUUAUAUGCGACAACACAAUAUAAAAAUGAAUUGGAGAACAAAGCCAAUCCGUACCCCAAAAGUUCUUAAAGGUCAUGAUGAUCAUGUUAUUACAUGUCUUCAAUUUUCUGGUAAUCGAAUAGUUAGUGGUUCUGACGAUAAUACUCUUAAAGUUUGGUCAGCUGUUACGGGUAAGUGUUUACGAACAUUGGUUGGACAUACAGGUGGUGUAUGGUCCUCCCAAAUGUCAGGUACUACUGUGAUUAGUGGUAGUACAGAUCGUACCUUAAAAGUAUGGAAUGCAGAGACUGGACAGUGUAUACAUACUUUGUAUGGCCAUACAUCAACAGUGAGAUGUAUGCAUUUAUAUGGAAAUAAAGUGGUUAGUGGUAGUAGAGAUGCCACAUUAAGAGUGUGGCAAGUAGAUACUGGUGAAUGCCUACAUGUACUUGUGGGUCAUUUGGCAGCUGUCAGAUGUGUGCAAUAUGAUGGAAAAUUAGUUGUCAGUGGAGCUUAUGAUUAUAUGGUAAAAGUAUGGAAUCCCGAACGCGAGGAGUGCCUUCAUACAUUGCAAGGACAUACUAAUCGCGUCUAUUCCCUCCAAUUCGAUGGUGUACAUGUUGUUAGUGGAUCACUAGAUACAAGUAUAAGAGUAUGGGAAGUAGAAACUGGUGCUUGUAGACAUACUCUUAUGGGCCAUCAGUCUCUUACUUCAGGUAUGGAAUUGCGUAAUAAUAUUUUGGUGUCUGGAAAUGCAGACUCUACAGUCAAGGUAUGGGACAUUGUUAGUGGGCACUGCCUUCAAACACUUUCUGGUCCAAAUAAGCAUCAAUCAGCGGUUACUUGUCUGCAGUUUAAUAGUCAUUUUGUGAUUACUUCAUCUGAUGAUGGUACUGUUAAACUAUGGGAUGUCAAAACUGGUGAAUUUAUAAGAAAUCUAGUUGCUUUAGAAAGUGGUGGGAGUGGUGGAGUUGUUUGGAGAAUACGUGCAAGUGACACAAAAUUGGUGUGUGCAGUUGGUAGCCGUAAUGGUACUGAAGAAACAAAACUUCUUGUCCUCGAUUUUGAUGUAGAGAUAAAAUAGUGCACUUUCUCACAGACUGGAUUCCUGCUCCUUUGUACGACUUCUGUACAUACUUUAAUUAGGUAGCAUAACCAAUUUACUGUACAAUGUUUCAUGUAUUACAUGGUGUGAUUGUGAUAAGACUGUAUGGUGGAAAUUUGAAGAAGUUGAUUCAAGUCAAUUUUGGACAUUAUGCACGAUCUUGGAUUAGAUGAGUUGUCUAACAUUGACGGGAUUAAUUGCAUAACUUACGGAGUGUAUCAAUUGCAGUGUACAAAUAUGAGAUUUAAAAGACUCAACAGCCUCUGGGGAAUGAGAGCUUUAUAAGUGUAAUACUGAAUUAUUGCUGUUAUUGAAUUUAACGAAAUCGUUACGGAUAUAAAAGAAGGCAUGAUAAUUCUUUCAUCUUAAUGCAAGUUUAUGUGGGCUAUGAAAAAGAUUUCUUAUAAAAAAAGUAAGGUUUUAUCAAUAUUAUGGAACGGUUAUUUAUAGAAUUUCAAUUAAAAUAAGUAAUUAUUAAUUGUCCACAUAAGUUACAACUUGAACGUCAUUCUUUUUUAUUCAUUUUUUCUUUUUUCUUUUUCCUUUUUUUUUUUUUUUUUUUUUUUUUUUUUUAAGAAAUUUCUGAUUAAAUCUUUUUUAUUAUAAAUGCAAAUAUCAUGCCACAUGAUUUAGAUAUCAAUCUGUAUCUAUUUAGAAACAUGAUUUUUGUUGUAAGAAUGGAAAUACAUUGUUGUGAGACUGAAAAAGAGAUACAUAUGGGAGGACACAAAGAUUUAGAUUUUGUAACUAUCACUUGAAUAUAAUCGUGUAAUAUCUAAUAUUAGUAAAUCAUUAGGUAUAGUAAAAAUUUUUUUAAUACUAAAAUUUUAAGAUUACAUCGAAAUAUGUAUAAAAAAAUUUUUUUCUUUUUCUUUUUUUUGCUUGAAAAUGCAAAAAUUUGAUAAGAUAACUUUUAUGUGUAUACAAAUUGAUAAGGAGAUAGAAUUCAGUCUUAAUUGGAAUUCUGGAGUCAUGGAGAAUAUGACACGAAUUUGUUUCGAUAUAUUCACGUUAAAUAGGCGUAUAUGUGAUAUAUAAAUAUUUUCAUUAGGUGUAAUCCCAUAUGUGUGGCGAUUAAAUCUCCAUCGUUUAAUAUAUUCAAAAAUUAAAAUGACUUUUAUAUAAGUAUAAAAAGAUCUAAAAAUGAGCGGAUCAUUAGGAUUAUUGGAAAAGGAUUUAUUUAUUCUAUGUAAGCAAUCGUAACAUAAAUGAUCGAAAAGCAAAUGAAAUAAUGAAAAGGCUCGCAUCGAAAGUUAUAGAAUGUCUUUUUUUGAUAAUUCAUAAAAGUAUUUUUUUUUACCAAGGGGCAAUAAUAAGAGCUGCAUAUUAUCCCCAUAUAGUAUGUAUAUGCUAAUUUUAUAGCAUCGCUUAUAUAAUCACGAUCUUUAGAGCCCCUAUGAAUUGUCAAAAGUAAAUUAAAAAGUUAGACUAAAAAGGCAUUUAUUUAUUAUUCCAGCUUAGGAUUUACAGUAAAUCGAAGUGAUGUAGACAAUAAUUAAUUAUUGCACUUAAUCACUAUCAUUAUUCCUGAAAUAGAUAAAAGUAAGUUUGCAAAAAAAUUCAAAAUAUUAAUUUUUUCCUCUUACAAAGAGUUUAUAUGCCUAUAGAAAGGGCAUUAUAAGGAAUGUAAGAAAAUAUAUUUUGUGUGAAUGCAUCUUUUAUUAUUGGACCCUGGUUAUCCUAAGGAUCGUGUUUUAUUUGUAUAUUGCUUAAUAGUUUAUAUUAUAAGGAUGUGUUAUCUGUUGUAUCAUUUUUUACAAGAAAUAGAAAAUGUUGCUCCAUUUUAGAAAAAUCGUAUUUUUAUUUACAAUAUACUGUCAUUUACAAUUUGUUAUAUUAAAGAAAAAUUUGUUUAACAGCAAAAUAAAAUCUGUACAUUUUGUUUCCUAUAUAAAUAGAUAAUAUUUUUUUAAUGUUGGAAAUGUAGCAACAACUAAGAAAUUAAAUGGAAAGAACUAUAUACUAUAUGUGUAUAUAGAUAUGUAUAUUUGACCACAGUAUGUUUCAAUUUUCUACGAUGUGCUGUUAGAUUUAUUUUUAUAAUAAUAACGAUAGGAGUAAAAAAAAUAUGUGAAAAUUCAAAAAAUCAUUUGUUAUUUCUGGCGAUAAUGUGAAGUUUGAAAAUUAUUAAUGACCCACAAGAUAUAUGAUAGAUAAUAAAAGUUACAAUUUUAAUUCAAAUAAUUUACAGGUAAGAUUUUGCUUUUUCGUUAAUUUCUUUACUGUUUCAUUACCGUUUCAAUAAUCCACAAUUUCAUUAAUGUUUCAAUAUUCCAACAACAACUGUACAUGGUAAAAUAUAUAACUUACAAGAAUAUUUGUCUUUCUAAAAACUGUUUAAAAUAUCAUGUUUUAACAAUGAUAAUAAAAGUACAUUCUUCACAAGUCACAUAAAUUGAAGAAUUUUUUUCUUCGAGCAUCUCUUUGUCUAUUUUGUAAUAAUUGCCACAUCUGCAUGGAAAACUUAAUUCAUCCUUUUUAUUUGUUUCUUGUAAUUCAUGUAAAUGUACAGUUGCAUGAACAAUAAUGUUGUUAGAUUCUAAUUCCGCUUGUUUACAUUCAGUAUCAUAUUUCUUUCUCAAGUCGGGAUCUUUUAAGAUAGACCAAGCUUCGGCAAGAAGUUGAAAUUCUUUAGUAUUUUCCUUUGUUCCAAUGGUUUUAUCCGGAUGAAGUUGACGUGCUCGAUGAUAAUAUGCAUGCCUUAUUUCCUCAUGUGAUGAUUCCAUAGAACAACCAAGUGUAUUAUAAUAAUCAUAUAUAUCCAUUAUUUCCUUCUUCGUCUGGUUAUUUACGUAUUAAACUAUUUAACGAUUUCAGUAUUAAUAUGAUUAGAGUUUAUGAAAUAUUUUAUAGGUUAUAUAGUUUACAUCAUUCUAUCAACUAUUUCACAUGUGGUCAUAACGCGACUGCGCAGUACGAUGAGUUAUUCUAUUCUACGAGUCAAUGUCUAUAUGUAUAAAACAUUGCAUAAUUUCAGGCGUCUUAACCACAGACCUACGCGCCAUCUACCGGCUACGAAUAUUAACUAAUUUUUCAUAUAAAUGAUUACGUAUCGUUUCAAACUAAUUAUUCUGAUUGUUUAAACUUAUAUGUAUUGUUUCGAAAAAUGUUUAAAAUUAAUAAAGUAAUAACAAGGAUUUCGAAAGGGACAUAAGGAAAUACAGAAUUUGCCUCUUUAUUGAUAAAUUAUCAUUUAAAUAAACGCUAAAUAAUAGUAGUAGUA